AAACACUUAUUCAGAGGGCGAUCCAGUUGUCAAAAGACGCCUGUAUCCAUAACGUGGUAAUAACUCGGUCAAGGAAUUUCUACUAGCAUUUGAAAAAUUUGUACAAGUAUAUAUCCAUAUAUACAUAGAGAUAGAUAGGGAUUAUGCGAACCUUUACCUUCGAGACGGCACUUGAAAUUCAAAAACCGGUGACGUAUCUCGCCGAGUUCGAUGAUACCCUAAAGUUCACCUUCUGGUCGGAGAAUAACAGCUGCAGCAACUUGCUCGUCUCCACUGUGCAGGUGCACCCCUACAGCUACACCGACAUUUGCUUUGAAAAUAAAGAGACUUCGGAGAAGCAAAUCACGAGUGACGAUAAGCAAAAGCUCGCGAUUAACAGUGCCCUUCUUGCGAAGAGCUUGCGCUGUUUUGAUGAGAGGACCCCCCUGACGUUCGAGCUUGAGGAGGAUUCCGGUCGUCUUUUAGUAUAUCAGCAUCGUGAAGAGGACGGAUGUGUUCAGGUGAUUCAGAUAUGCGCACUCUACGAACUAGGCCCGCAGCUGAUCGUCGAUCAUAGCAUUGAUACUAUGUUUUGCAUACGCGAUAUUCAAGGCUUUAAGCAGAUGGUGCGCGCGACGAGCGCCUACGACGACGAGACGUGCGCUCUUUCGCUCGUGUGGGAUGAAAACGACGCCUGCCUUCUCUUGCUUUCCAUGGAAAUGCUUAAAGUAUCUGUUCAUCUUGGUGGAUUGUCGAUAGGAAACUCCGUUGAUCCCGCACUUCGGGGAACGGUCAACUGUAAGGAUCUGCGCGCAUUCGCUGCGUUGUGCAUGACGGAUAGUAAAGUCGAGCCGAAACUCACGAUAGGAUUUAGCGACGACGACCUCUCCCUGCUGAAGUUUCGCUGGAAGUCAGAAAGGGGAGAACGCAUCGUGAAUUUGUUUUUCUGCAGUGCCUAAAAAUAUGUUUGUGUUUGUUUUUCAAACCCAAAAAGGAAAGUGUGAAAGCAAUAUAUAAUAUAUUGCCAAUUUUUUAAAGAUUGCCUCUAUCACUUCGUCUAUUACCCGCCCACUCAUGAGCCUAAAAAGGUGGUAUUGCUUUCAGUCAAGCAAAAUAUUGAAUAAUCCCCGAAUAUGGUAAAUUCGUUCGCAUAGUCUAAAUCGGCAUCUUCUCAGAAUACUCAGAACGUACCUUUUAUAGAAGAUAUAUUUAGCCUUAUCCUCGAACACUAAAAUCGACAGAACUGUACCAAAAAGGCAAAAUAAAAAGUGAAUCAUUACCUGAAGGCAUAACACCGUUAUCUUUGUUUAUUUAUUAGAUCCACUGUUAAACCUUUAUAUUGUAUUUU